AGGAAAACAAAGAUGGCAGGGAUAGGAAGCAGCAACUACUGGGAGGAUCUGAGAAAGCAGGCCAGGCAGCUGGAGAAUGAACUUGACCUGAAAUUGGUCUCCUUUAGUAAACUGUGCACCAGCUACAGCAGCUCUAGGGAUGGACGUCGAGGGGAGACUUCGGACACCACGCCCCUGCUAAAUAACUCGACCCAGGACAGGAUGUUUGACACCAUGUCUGUUGAGAUUGAACAGCUGCUGGCAAAACUAACAGGAGUGAACGACAAGAUGGCAGAGUACACCAACACCCCGGGAACAGCGUCUCUCAAUGCUGCACUCAUGCACACUCUCCAGAGACAUAGGGAUAUUCUACAGGACUACACUCACGAAUUUCACAAAACCAAAGGCAACUUUCUGGCCAUCCGGGAAAGGGAAGAUCUUUUAGGAUCUGUCAGGAAAGACAUUGAAACAUAUAAGAGUGGUUCAGGAGUCAACAACAGAAGAACAGAGCUGUUUCUAAAGGAGCAUGAGCAUCUUAGAAACUCAGACCGGCUGAUGGAUGACACAAUAAGCAUUGCAAUGGCGACCAAGGAGAACAUGACCUCACAGAGGGGCAUGCUGAAAUCCAUACACAGCAGGGUGAACACUCUGGCCAAUCGUUUCCCAACUAUCAACAGUCUCAUCCAGCGAAUCAAUCUGCGAAAGAGAAGGGACUCCCUCAUCCUCGGCACUGUGAUCGGCGUCUGCACCAUUCUCCUCCUGCUCUAUGCUUUCCAUUAACCUCCCCGGUCAGACAAUUUCUAACAAGGCAGGACUCCUCUGCUCUUUGUAGCAUAUGAAUCCUCAGCUCCUCCCCAGAGACAACGCCCGGUGAUCGAAGGACCACGGAGGUUCCAGAGCAGAGAGACAUUUAGCUGGUCCUGUUCUAGGACAGGACCAAAUUUGGCCAACAAGUUCCCACUGAGCCAGCAUUUAACGAGACAGAUUUAGGGCUGGUGGUCGCUUCUUUUUCUUAUACCCACAAGGAAAUGGAGACCAAAAGUACAAGUGAGACCAGUUAAUUUUUGUUUGUGGACAAGCUUUGUGCUUUUUUUCUAAUAAGAUCAGAGACUAAAGCUAUCUUGUUUUAAUAAGGAGGUUGAAGGAUAUUUCUUUUUCGGUUAUUUUUAAUGAUUUUGGGGGA